AUGGCAUUACACAUCAAAUUAGAUGCGUUUUUGAAUACUGAACCAAAACCGGAAUGGUUGAAUCAGUUAAGAGUGACUAUUGCGGUGGGUAAAAAAUUUGAGCAGAAAGGCGACUUCGAAAAAGCCGCAAAAUGUUAUGAAACCGUCUUAUAUUACGACCCUGUGGACACUAAAACGCUAAUCAAACUCAGCAAAUGUUAUCAGAAAAUGUUACAACCCGAACAAGCGGCAAAACACCAAAUCCGCGCAAUGCAGAACGAUCCCAAUUUACUCCAAACCAUCGGAAACGAAGCCAGUGUAAACUUUGAAUUGGGAAACUUUGAAAGCAGUUUAAUGACUUACAGUCAAUAUUUUAAGCAAAGGAAAACGUCGUUUGACUGUAAUCAAGGAUUAUUGAAAAUCAAUGAAGUUAUUGACAACUAUUUACCUGUAAAUGGAAUAAUGGGUUGUUUAAAAGACGCAAUGUUUCAAAUGAUAGAGAAUGAACCAUUCAUUGACUCAGAUGCGUGUGCAAAAUUAAAUAGUUCUAUAAAAUUGAAUAAAAUUGACAAAGCUCACACUGAACGAUUCCAAGAAGCAUACUAUUUACGGAAUAUAGUACAAAACGUAAGGUUUUAUAGAAAACAGCUGAAUGUUUUACCCAAAUACAAUAAAAAUGAUAAAUUAGUUCACGAACAAAUCCAAGAAGUCGUUCACACGUUUGAAGCAGCCAAAAAAGACUUAUACAGUAAAAAGCCAUUUUACAUGCACGUAUGUCAACGACCAAAUCGCCAGCUUAAUGACCGGCGAAAAAUCAAAGAUAUGGUCAAAUUACAAAUUUCCAAAUACAUUCAUUCAAUAGUUGAACACUGUUUGUCGGGCAAAAUCGAAUCAGCUCGACGACAAGCUGAACUAGCUAUGGAGUACAUGUACGAACAUCGCUACAGACCAUUGAAGGUAGUGAACGCCUUGUACGAAGUGAUUGGUUUGGCUCUGUACUUUAAAAAUCGAGAUAUACCCGAAUGGUCGGAGGAGAUGAAUGAAAAGAGGAUAUUAUUCAUAAUGGGAUCGAUCUUAGACAAAAAGGACGCUUACAAUCACGUUUAUCACGAGUCAUAUUUCGGGCCCGAUAACCGAAACAAUACGUAA